UUGGUCCAGGGAGACCAAAGAAAUUCUACGGCGGCCAAAGGCCCAAGGCAGCGAAGUACGGACAAGACAUCCAUCGGCGGACGGCCGGCGGAGAAGACAUCCAUCGGCGGACGGCCGGCGGACAAGACCCAUCGGCGGACGGCCGGCGGAGAAGACAUCCAUCGGCGGACGGCCGGCGGAGAAGACAUCCAUCGGCGGACGGCCGGCGGACAAGACAUCCAUCGGCGGACGGCCGGCGGAGAAGACAUCCAUCGGCGGACGGCCGGCGAACAAGACCCAUCGGCGGACGGCCGGCGGACAAGACCCAUCGGCGGACGGCCGGCGGACAAGACAUCCAUCGGCGGACGGCCGGCGGAGAAGACAUCCAUCGGCGGACGGCCGGCGGACAAGACAUCCAUCGGCGGACGGCCGGCGGAGAAGACAUCCAUCGGCGGACGGCCGGCGGACAAGACCCAUCGGCGGACGGCCGGCGGAGAGAGCCAGGCGAACGAUCAUCCGGUGUACGGCCGGCGGAGAGGACCGGGCGAGCGAUCUACUGGCGGACGAUCGGCGGAGAAAACCGGGCGAACGAUCCAUCGGCAGACGGCCGGCGGAGAAGACCAGGCGGGACAUCGCGGAACAGUCGGCGGCGAAAAGCGAUCUACCCAACGUAGGCAGUACGCGGAACGCGACCAACCAACGAGCCCGAGAAAGCCAGCGCA